AUGUUUUCCUCGUUGGCACUCGUGCUGUCUUUCUUGCUCGUCAUCUCACCAAAUGCCUCCGGUGCUCCGAAUGGAUAUGAAACGGCUGCUGGCCAGUCUAUCCCUCUGAUCCGAAGACAGCCUGAACGGACCGCUGCUGAUUGGGAAGCAUGGGCACAGAACGAGCGAGAGACUCUCACCGUUAAGUAUGGGGGAGCUAUUGCGAAAAGGAGUACCGGGACGAACUUGAUGACUAACCAGAAUGCAGAUUCAAGUUACUUUGGUUCUUUGGCCAUAGGCACACCGCCCGUCUCCUUCGAUGUCAUCCUAGACACUGGCUCGGCCGAUCUCUGGGUCGCAGAUCAAGCCUGCACCCUAGGCUGCUCCAAAGUUCAGCUGUUCGAUGAUCUGGCCUCCUCUACUUUCCACAACCUUUCUACGCCCUUCCAGAUCCAAUACGGUUCUGGUGCCGCCGCAGGUACAUUGGGCCAAGACGUUGUACAGAUGGCUGGGUUCUCUGUCCCUAAUCAAAUCUUUGGUGCCGUCACGCAAGUGACGUCAGGCCUCCUUAACACGCCUGUGUCUGGCUUGUUGGGGUUGGGAUGGCAGAGCAUAGCUAGUUCAGGAGCAUCCCCGUUCUGGCAGACCUUGGCGAGCUCGGGAGCAUGGACAGAUCCGCUCAUGGCAUUCCAACUCACGCGGUUUAUCAACGCUACCAGCCCCAAUGCCCAGGAACCUGGCGGAUCGUUCACUUUGGGCUUUGUCAACAGCAGCCUUUACACCGGUACCAUUGAUUACCAGUCCCUUCCAACGACGCCAUCAUAUUGGAUUCUACCAAUGAAAUCGUUGACCGUUCAAGGAAGCAGCGUCACCAUCCCCUCGGGAUCUUCAUCUUACUCCGCCAUCGACACCGGCACCACUCUCGUCGGUGGCCCCUCUAGCAUCAUCUCAGAAAUCUACGCACAGAUUCCAGGCUCGCAGCCUGGCUCAGGUAGCUGGCAGGGAUAUUGGACCUACCCUUGCAGCACCAGCGUCAACAUUGCCAUCUCAUUCGGCGGGCCCAGCUGGCCAAUCUCCCCCGCAGACUUCCGACUCACCUCCAUUAGCUCAUCCCAGUGUAUCGGCGCAUUCUUUGAACUGAGCACAGGUGGCAGUGCCCCGACCUGGAUCAUUGGAGACACUUUCCUGAAAAAUGUUUAUUCAGUCUUCCGGUAUAACCCAGCUGCUGUGGGUUUUGCUGCGCUCUCGAACACCGCGCUUGCUAUGAACGGGGUCAAUGCUGCUCCGCCUUCGGCUACCAUUGGUUCCGUCUCGGCCAGCGCUACCGCUGGUACUGGUGGUGGAAGCAAUGCUGCUUCUCGCCGUUGGGGUAUUUCAUGGGCACUGCUCGUGGGUGGUAUCUCUAUCGCUGUGGGUGCUGCUUGGAUGUAA